CGCGCGUUCUUCUGCCUCUGGAGCAACUCGCAGCAUCCAUCGGCCCGCUCCGGACUUCAGUCCAUGUCGAGAACGCGCCACCGCCGGGACCCUAAGGACCCUUCGACAUUCACGAAUCCUUAGAUCUUGCGAGCCAGUGGUAUCGAGGCAAGCUAUAUUUUCAAGCUGUUUUCAUUCGAAAGCCACGGCCAAAGUUUUUGCGUCAAAUCGUCGAUCGAUCUUCUCGGCGCAAUCUUCUCAAAUAAAACAGACACAUUUAUCUGUCGAGCAACCGAUAUUCUCCAUGAUACCAGAAAUUUGAAUCUCCUCGCUCUCGAAUCUAUCUUAUGCUCAACCAAAGCUCGACAAACGAACAAAUUCUCGACGACAAAUUCUUUCGAUAAGCAUCUUUUAAACCGUCGAGAUCCACUUACGUGCGUGACAAAAUCAGAAGCGCGGCCUCUGCUGAUUCUUUCGGACCAAUUCAUUUUUCUCGCUUCGAUCGAAAAAAAAAAUAUCCGUGCCGCGAAGAAUAAAGGAUCGGCUCGUCUCGUUGGACGUUUUAAGAGAAUCGAAUCGAUUCGAGAUUCGGCAUUCGAUGCGGAUAGAAGUAAGGCGUCCAAAGCGUGAUCUUUGAAGAAGCGGCAGGUGGAAGAGAAGAGGAGCCACGAGGGCCCGCGAGGAGACUGAAGAAGAGCGAUUUCCCGCAAGACUGCCGGGGGUUGUUGCCCAGCCCCGGAGAAGCGGACAUCAGGCCCGGAUGUUCGCAAGAACGAGACGCCGAAAACGCUGCCAUGCUGCAAGGGAAACUAUUUACGGCCAUCGACAAGUUCCUUACGACAUCCCCUUUGGUUAACAAAAUCAAGUUACUGAUUACGAGACAGAGCAGCGGGACGGUAGGGAACAGCGAGGGGCAAGAAGGGACGACGACGAGCAGCUGUUCCCCGAGGACGUCGACGGCCACGAUAACGAUGACGAUGACGACCACGCCGACAACACCGUCGUCCACGUCCACGUCCACGAUGACUGUCACGUCGAUGGCCGCGCCAUUCGUGCCCGCGGAAUCAGAGGCGUCGAUAUCGUCCACCGCGACAGAGCAGAGGGAGCAGCAAUGCCGGUGGCAGUGGCAACAGGCCCAACAACCCCGUACGACCACCACGCCGGCUACGUCGUCCACCACGUCGCACCUCACCACGGCCUCCUCGUCCACGGAGGCCAACAAAUUGUCGACCAACGUCCUCUUCUCCUUACCUGCGUCGCCGAAAAAAUCCGCCUCCGAGUCGUCCACCAAGAUACCGAGCAAUAUAUCCAAAUCUCAAAUGAAAGAAUUCAGGGAAGCGUUCAGACUGUUCGACAAGGACGGGGACGGAAGCAUCACGAAGGAGGAACUCGGCAGGGUGAUGCGCUCGCUGGGGCAAUUCGCGAGGGCCGAGGAGCUGCGCACCAUGUUGCAGGAGAUCGACAUCGACGGAGAUGGAAAUGUCAGCUUCGAAGAGUUCGUGGAAAUCGUGAGCAACAUAGGUGCGAAUGAAACCGCCCCCACCGAUCAGGAUCAGGAAGAGCAGGAGCUGAGGGAUGCGUUUCGGGUAUUCGAUAAACACAAUCGAGGAUACAUCACCGCAUCCGAUUUGAGGGCAGUGCUGCAAUGUCUCGGCGAGGACUUGUCCGAAGAAGAGAUCGAGGAUAUGAUCAAGGAAGUGGACGUGGACGGAGACGGUCGUAUCGAUUUCUACGAAUUCGUCCACGCGCUCGGAGAGCCGGGGAUCGACGACGACGAGGAGGACGAGGAGGAGGAGGUGCUGUCUCCGGGCUACUAGGAUUUUACUUAUUCUCGUGUCUGUGUUAGAUAGAACGAAUUAACGACGAGCCAGCGGACGACGGACAUACACGUUCGUCGCAUACUUUUUUCCCCCCCUCUGACAUUCACUUCGUUGCAUGUAAUUCGAGCGUCGUGGAUCGAAAUUCGAUCCGAUGUUCGAUGAUACGAUUUCUUCGAAAAAAAAAAAUAUAUAUAUAUAUAUCUUUUGCUCAUCUUCGACGUUGUACAUCGAAUGAAGCAAAAAGAGAAAGAAAAAGAAGAAAGAAGAAGAAGAAGAAAGGAAUGGAACGAAGAAAGUAACGGAGGAGAGGCAAGGAAAAUUUUAAAAUUCGCGCCGGCGCGAAAGAUAGUUGCGUUUCGAACCGAUAGAGCGAGCCACUCUCUGACGAUUAGGUUAUCGCGCCAAUUCGAAACGCGAUGCAUCACGGCCUAGUUGUUACGCUCGUUACCUUUGAUCAAGGAUGUCAGAGGAUCUUUUUCGACAAGCAUCUAUCGUAAGAAUUGUAGAUACAACGCUUGGUGUGAUUUUAUGUUACUCGAAUCGGAGCACCCCUAUUCGAUAAUUAUCUUUUGCCGGCUCAUUACGCGAUAUAUCGAAAUGUCGAUAUUAAAUUCGUGGCGUCAUCAAGGAAAUUUGAUCGUUUCAAUUUCAACGAGAUUAUUAUUAUUAUUUUUCUUAUAUUAAAGAAAAAUUAUAUGAUAUUGAUAUUGAUCUUGAUAUUUAAUUGCAACGUGAGCAAUAUGAAAGAUGUAGCUUAUAAGAGGAAAAAAAAAAAGAGAAGAAAUCAGCUCACGUUUCGUGUAACAUAACGUCCAACAAGCGACGCGUCAUCUAAUCUUCUUCGUUAACUAACUGCUGCAAAGUAUCUAAAAGACCGAUGAAUUUUCGUGGACGACGAUUCAAUGCGAUGCGAGACGCGAGAGGUCGAUCGGGGAAACGGAGACACGACCAUUGAUAAAAAAACGAUCUUCUUUUGGAUUAAAAAAAAAAGAAAAAGAAAACGAAGAUUACAAUGAUUGUGCUCCUUUUCCCAAGACGAACGCCCAUUUCCUCGCUUAAUUACUCGUUCGACGAAUCUCUUGGUGUCCAGGUCGCCCGUGUCGAUCGAUUAGAAAAAGGAAAAGAAAAAAAAAAAAGAAAAAAAAAAAGGAAAAAGAAAAAAAAAA